AUGAAACAUCCAGUGGGUUCUUCUGACCCCAGUGAGAAGUUUUUACAACUGCAAGUGAAGCUUGUGGCAAAGACAAAAACCAUCAGAGUCUGUCUUCUUGUUCUUGCUGUGAGUGUGCCACUGUCCAAUGCUGCUUGCUUCUUGCAGCCCUUGAAGCCGGGGGAGUCUGAUGGCUGCCAUGACUCAAAUGGAGUGCAGCAUAAAUUUGAUUUCCUGUGGAGGGAUGAAAACUGUAAUGAUUGCUCCUGUUCCAAAGAUGGAAUCAGCUGCUGCUCCAGCUUUGCAACACCAGUAGGCUACAAUGAAGAAAAGUGUGUAAGAAUUUUUAACAAGGAGACCUGCACUUAUAAAGUAGUGGAGAAAGAUGAUCACUCAAAAGAAUGCCCAGUCUCUACUUGGGUGGGCUAA